AAUAAAUGGACCAAAAUGGACCGGUUCCAACCGUACCCGGCCCGAUGUCGGCGUAUAGGCCCAAACAUCUACAGCUCGCGAAGAAUUGAGGAAGAGCGAGAAGUAAAUUUCACCCAAAAUCGAAGAUUCAAUCAAUCAUUCAAUCCGAUGGAGGUGCCGGGUUCAUCAAAGAAGAUGAUAGCUACACGGGAAGAGAUGGUGGUGGCCAAGGUGCCAAUACCAUACAGAGACCAAUGCGCCCAUUUGCUGAUCCCACUGAACAUGUGCAGGCAGGCCGAGUUCUAUUUGCCCUGGAAGUGUGAGGCGGAGCGCCACACGUAUGAGAAGUGCGAGUAUGAGCUUGUCAUGGAGAGAAUGCUCCAGAUGCAGAAGAUCCGUGAGCAAGAAGCCAAAGUAAAAGGGUCUCAUAGAGGCCAGUUGCCCAUUCCGCUCAUCCCUAAAACAGCCGAUGCUUGACCAUGAAAGGAAGAAGCGAAACUGUGGGCAGUGGCAGUCAUGGAGUACUUAUUUUGAAAUUGUUUUGGUGUUAUUUAAACAUGAUACUAAACUGCAAUGUCUUUCAUCUAGUAAUCUAGUUCCAAAUAAAUACUACGUCUGACAUGGUGAUUGUCCAUCUGACGUCUGUUUUACAAUGUUUAUUCUAAAAAAACGUCUUGGUGUUUUGAUCCUUCAUCGGUGAUUACUAGUUCGAAUUUAAUGGGAGUUUAUUAUCUUAA